GGUCGAACAAAAUGAAAUAAUAAUAAUACCAUUGUAAGCUGAUUGGCAGAUAGACAAAAUGAUAUGCGUAUAUAAGAUACAAAUAUUUGUAUGAUUGUUUUCACAAAUUCCAUAUCACCUUUAGAAAUUCACCAUCAUGAAACAGGUUUAAAUAUUACCAUCGAUACACAAAACAUGUGUGGUAAUAAUUGUAAAAUACUCCAUUCAAUACUUCUUGUUCAGUAUGUACUUCUGUGUAGUAUCACUCCAGUGUACACUGUUCCGAUGCUUACAUCGAUUAAUAACACUCACACUGGUAUAAAAUAUCCAAUAAUUUUGAUUCCCGGUAUGGGUGGUAGUCAAGCUUAUUGCAAACCUAAGGAUGUGGGCAAUUCUUUUACUCCAUUUAAUCUCUGGAUCAACUUUCUUCACAUAUUAUUACCCGAAAAAGCAUUCGAUUACUUCAGAUUACAACAUGAUCCGCACACCUAUGAGUCGCGUGAUUCAAAUGAAUGUGAAGUAACAUUUCCCGGGUGGGGUGAUACAUGGUCUGUGGAAUAUCUAUCACAACAUAUAUCUUUUGAGUACUUCGGUUCACUUGUAUCAGAACUGAUGAAAGACAAAUUUUAUGUGAAAAACUUCACGAUGCGUGGAGCUCCAUAUGACUUUAGAAAGUCACCAGAUGAUAACAAACAGUUUGUAGAGAAAUUCAAACAUUUAGUAGAAGAAACUUAUAAAAAUGGAUUGGAUCGACCAGUUGUUCUAUUAGGUCAUAGUUUGGGUAGUCUCUACACACUGUACUUUCUCAAAAAUCAAACUAAACAUUGGAAACAAAAGUAUAUCAAAUCAUUCCUAUCUGUAUCAGCACCACUUGGUGGAACAGUUCAAGCACUUAUGUCCUUAACUAGUGGUGAGAAUUUAGGCGUCUUUCAUCGAAGUUCAUCAGUAUAUCGAGAUGUGUAUCGUACAAUGACAUCAGUUAUUGCUGUACUACCAAAUCCUAAACUAUGGUCUAAAGAUGAAAUUUUAAUUGUUACACCGUUUAAAAAUUACACAGUUCAUGAUUAUCCACAGUACUUCAGUGAUUCCAACUAUCUUACAGGUUAUAAACUAUUCACACGUUACCUAUCUGCAUUCGACCCACUCGAAGCUCCCGAAUAUGUACCUGAAGUCUACUGUAUCUAUGGUUCUGGACUAUUAACAGUGGAACAAAUAAUUUACAAAUCACCUAGUUUCUUCGUCUCAGCAUUUCCAAAUCAAUCACCCAGAAUUAUAUAUGGCAAUGGUGAUGGUACAGUGAAUUUACGUAGUUCAAAAGUUUGUACAAAAUGGCCCACAGCUAAAGUAGUUGAAUUCAUUACAUCUGAACACAGACCUAUUUUAAGUGAAAAGCGAUUUAUUGAUUUUGUGAAACAAAAUAUGAAUAAUUAACACCUCAAUAGUAUUAUGACUAUCAUUAUUAUUUCUACCGUUUAUGUCCUACAUGGUCAACUAUUUUCAUUGUUUUCUUAUCUUAAACAAGCACAAACAAGAGUUGUGAGUACAUGUAGUGAAGUGGAAAAUAAUCAAGGUGUUUCUUAUUUUCGUUUCCGUUUACAACUUCAACUAAUAUCAAUAAUACUAUUAUUACUGAACUGGAGGAAAACUAUUUUAAAGUGUAUAAUAUGAGUAAAGUGUACUUGUGAAAUUAUAAUCUUGAAUCAUUACCAAUUGUCCACUAAUAACAACUUUAAUCAUACUAAAUUCACUUAAUAAUACAAUCAUAUCAACCAAGUGUAAUUAAUGUCUGUCAAUUAAAAAGAAGAUAAAGUAGCUACAAUUAUCCAAGUUAUUUUGUGAAUAAAAAAAGACUGGUCGAUUCACAAUUAUCCAAGAUAAUCAUUGGUUAACAGGUCUAGUGAUAUAAAUGAUUACUUGAUGUAUUCACACAUACUAACUCUAUACAGUUCUUGAUGAUAUUCAGAUUUAUUUCCACAUAUAGUACUACAUUUAUAGUUAAAGUAAUAAUUCACAAUGACAAAAGGACAGAAAUACUAUCGUUAUUUAUUUCAUUUUUAAUCAUCUGAAGUACUUGGAAUGUGAAAAAUUGUUCCAAGUUAGAGUCCUCGCAAUUAUCAUACUUGAUGAUUGGCGAUGUUGGUUGACACGACUAGGAAUUAGUCACGAUAAUACAAAUCUAUGUCAUUCCUUAGACUGAAGUUACGGGAUUAAUCCUACAAUUUUUUAUUUUUUGAAUUCAUUCAAUCUUCUUGAAAUAUAUAGUUUAUGUCUAAUAUUUACUACUACCACUGAGGCUGUUACUGUUUCUACUAUAGCAUUUGUCUUGACAAUCUUAUCUGGCUGUGUUGAUGUGGUGUAGCAGUUUAAUCAAUAUGCAUAUGAACCAGGUUCUACAUUUCAUGGGA